CAGGAGGGGUGGAGGCGAUGCCGCUAGUGGGCCAUGGCGCGGGGAAGCGCGGAGGACGUGGCGCCAUGGGUGUAGCAUCUGUCAUCCUGAUUGUUGCUGUAGUUAGCAAAUCUGCAAUCUUCAUGGGGCUUGCAUCUUCUGCAGACAGUCUGCUUGCAAGACAGGACCCGAGGUUUGGAGGCAUGGAUGGUUUGGGGGUUUUGGCACGAGGAAGAAGGGAGGGCGAUCGGAUGCAGAAACUCACAUCAGUGGAAGCUCAGGUUUCUCCCUUGUUCCCCAGACCACUUCAUUCUGCGCGAAGCUCGUUCUUUUCGGACCCUGCUGCAGAUGGAGUACUCGCUAGCCUUCCUUCACACCGUCACCCCAACAUGUUGGGCAGGAUGGAUGAGCGAUACGCUACAGCAAGUCCAAUCCAAUAUGAUAUGAACCAAGGAAGUGAACAAGCUGAGGGCGCACUUGCGAGGUCUCCCAGCCAUGGCGCUGCAGUGUAUGGGUCUCUCAGUGUGAAGUUCAAAUCUGAUCUCAGCAAUGCGCGCGGAGCAUUGGCCUCUCCGAGAUUCAAGAACAGUUUUGCAUGGGCCACGCCAGCACACGACGAUGGCUGGUCAGUUAGCUACAAGAGUGAUGGAUGGAACAAGGAGCCUUCUGACAAAAGUUGGGACGUGGCUGGCUCGGAUGC